UUUUCUCUGGUUAAUUUUAAAGCCAAUCAUUUAAUUAGUUAAGGUUAUGUUAAAUAGAGAACGAUCGCCUUAGCUUCCGAUCAGUUGUAAAACUUAUGCGCAUCAUGCACUAUACUGGUCUAAUUUUCAUUUGCCUUUUGGCUUUCAUCUGGAAAAUGUCUGAGGCGGCUCCCUACAUCAGUGUGAAGUCUAACUCACGUUCUAGUUCCCAGAAAUUGAUAAACGGGCAUCUGAGGACACUUUACGCCUACAAUGUCGAGGAUGAUAUGAAUAAUUUUGGAGGAAUGAUGAGCCACCAUCGAUCUGCCAGUUUCAAUUCUGACCUUAUGAGUCCGGGUCAACAGCGGAAUUUGCAAGAACGUCUUAUGGAAAUCCAAAAAUAAAAAACAUGCAAUUGCACAUAAAAAUUGUUCUAUCAUUGUUUUAAGAUUUUGUGUAACUUUAUAAUGUUGACCUUAUAAACGAUCUACUUCUUAUUUCAAUAAACUUAUAUUAUAACUACAGGUGAAAAAAAUAUUAUAACAUUGGUUUUUUCCAAAAAGUAUUGAAGUACUUUUCCCCAACCUUUGGUUACUUAAUAAAAGUUAAGUGGUUAAAAGUUACUUAGACAAAGUUUUCUUGCUUUGAGUUCAAAUAAAAUUAUACCUCAUUUUAUAUUUUUCUCAGCUAAUGUUACAAAAGACCCUUCAAAGAAAAAUUCUUCAAAGCUAAUAGUCCAGCCUAACUAAUUGAGAUUGGUAAUAAUAUCAAAACUUGUUAAAAAAAAAGUAAAGCAUUUACGAAAUUUUAUACGAAAAUCAGGCCCUUUAAGAUGAGGUUCUCUGUAUUGUUUAUUGGUGGUUUAUUUCUACGCAAGUUUUCCAUUAAAAACUACUGAGAUUUUAGCCAAAGGAGGAGCUGUUCGUGCGCUGUAUAUUCAGUCGUGGAGGGAUUGGAGGAGCACACUUUUAAAAGUGCAAUAAUGUAAUCUUAUUAGCAAUCUCUUUUAAAUAUAUUCGCAUUGUAGAGUAACUGCAGAUGAUUACAAAAUAUUGCAUUACAAAUGAAAGCAGUAUAAAUGUAUGACGGAAAGGUCAGGAACGAUCGAAUCCAUCACUUUGGCAAAUUUUGAGUUUCUUCACAUUCCACGUUUAGUUAACUUAUCCGGUUUGCAAAGUUUCAAAGGUCGUCCGACUAUAUUAAAUGUCUUGCAAAAUAAAGCCAUUUAAAUGAAACAAUUUAUUGGAAUAACUUAAUUAUUUUUAAACAAUAUUUAUUAAAAUACUAAUGCCUGCUAUGGCAAGUGGAAAAUUCCCGGAAAUGCUUUGCCUAUCAAAUGUGGAACAAAUUGAAGAAGUUAUAGAUUCCAUACUUCUGAAAGACUCAAGGCCAUGUUAUACAGUUAUACAAGCUUUAGAUUUUUUCUAGAAUACGAUAAACUACUAUAAUAAGAUAAACAACUAUCAUAUACUUAAAUAAAAUAAAUAAAAAUAGCUUGCAAAAACGCUUCGAAUUUGUAAGUUAAAAGGAAAACUCUGGCAAAAAUCUUCAUAAGACAUCUGUACCGUAUUGAAUUCUUUAAAGUAAAAGUCAAGCAGGAUAAAUUGAGAAUUGACUUACAUAAUCGUGAAGCUAUCUAUAAAAGCAUCCAUCUCAUUUAGGAUUUCACUUCAAAUCGAAAGUCAGUCCUUUCAAGAUGAGGUUCUUAUUGUUGUUUGCCGUCGUUCUACUGCUUGUAGUCUACGGAGCUGCUGCACCAGCACCACCACCCAAGAACGAUGAGAUACCACCACCCAAAUACGAUGCACCACCACCCAAAAAUGAUGCACCACCUCCCAAAAACGAUGCACCACCACCCAAAAGCGAUGCACUACCACCCAAAAGCGAUGCACCCCCUCCCUAAAAUGAUAUAGGUCCUCCAUCAAAAAAAUAUUAACCAAAUUUCGAAAGUAAAAACCCAAGCAACCAAGCAAGCAAAAUUGUAACAUUAAAAGAAUAAUUUUUUUUUCUUAUUUUCUAAUAUGGAAUAAAAGAACUAUUUAAAUAAAUUUAAAUUGAAACUGUAGUUAAAAGGAAUAUUGACGAAGUUUUCCAAACUUUGGAAACUAUAUAAGCCUCUUGAAAUUAUCCUUUUUUAUUUUGAAAGUUACAUUAACAAAAUUUACUUACUAAAUGUUUACAAAAAAUAUUAGCUUGCGUAAAAACAGACAGACGGACAUGCUUAUAUCGAAUCAGGAGGUGACCCUUAUCAAGAAUAUAUAUACAUUAGAGGGCCUGAGCUGUCUCCUUCACUGUGUUGCACACUUUUGAACGAAUUUAUAUUACGUUCUGCAGUGAAAUAAAAAUGUCACCUUAAAUAAAUUUUACAAAAGACCUUUCGAAUAUAAACUUCGACUAAAAAAUGCUCAAUUGAAUUGCUCAAUUGAACAAUAUUAGCAGCAUUCUGUUUUUAGUUUUUCACCAUUUUUGCACAAGAAUAUGUUAUGCCGUCUAUAAAAGCAAAGCAUUUACGAGGUGAAUUUUAUACGAAAAUCAGCCCCUUUAAGAUGAGGUUCUCAGUAUUGUGUGGUGUAUUUCUACUUUUUGUAGCCUUUGUAGGACUAAGUGAGGCCCAACAAUCGCUACUCCCUACUCGUAAAAUUAUUGAGAAGAGACCUUUUGACCGACCUAACGAACCUUACCCAAAAAUGGUAUAUGGUGUAUGAGGACCUACCUCCAUCAAAAAAAUAUUAACCAAAUUUCGGAAGUAAAACCCGAGCAUUUUGAUGUUUGAAAUUAAUUUUUAUAAAAAAAUUGGAACAUUAAAAAGAAAUAAUUUUUUGUUCUUAUUUUCUAAUGUGGAAUAAAAGAAUUAUUUAAAAUAAUUGAAAUUGAAACUGUAGUUAAAAGGAAUAUUGACGAAGUUUUCCAAACUUUGGAAAGUAUAUAAGCCUCUUGAAAUUGUACUUUUUUAUUUAGAAAGAUACUUAAACAAUACUUACAAAAUUUUUACAAAAAAUGUUAGCUUGCGUAACAACAGACAAACGGACAUGCAUAUAUCGAAUCAGGAGGUGACCCCAAUCAAGAAUAUAUGUAUAUACAUUAUGGGCUGAGCUGUCUCCUUCACUGCGUUGCACACGUUUGAUUGAAUUAUUAAUACCCUCUGCAAUGGUAUAAAAAUGUUUCCUUAAAUAUUUGCCUCGGUUAAUUUUACAAAAGAUCCUUCGAUAAGCUUUGGCUGAAAAAUGCAGUACGAUUUCUAUAUAAAAUUCGUAUUAUUUUGAAUUGCUCAAUAUUAGCAACAUUCUAUUUUUUAGAUUUCACCAUUUUUUCACAAGAAUAUUUUAUGGUAAUCUCGUUAAGUCAAGAACUACCAUAUCAAAUUCUUAAAAUGUAAAAGUCAAGCCGGACUAAUGAAGAUUGUUAUCUAAUCUCUAGCCGUCUAUAAAAGCAAAGCAUUUACGAGGUGAAUUUUAUACGAAAAUCAGCCCCUUUAAGAUGAGGUUCUCAGUAUUGUGUGGUGUAUUUCUACUUUUUGUAGCCUAUGUUGGACUAAGUGAGGCACAACCACCCCCCUUUCCCUCGCGACCCCGUUUCACUCGUAGACCAGAACAAGGUAAACACGAUGCUCCUCCACCAAAGAAGGACUGAUUCCAAAAAGAAAAACGAAAUGAAUAAUAUAUUAUAGUAUAUUAUUGUAUUAUAUAUGUGUACCCUGUCUUUUACGGAAAAGAAUAAUAUAUGUAGGAUACAGUA